UUCCCGAGGAAGGGAUGUAUAUUUUAGCAGUCUUAAGUACACUGAACCUGACCAAGAAAUUUUUUUUCUUUUUUUUUUUUUUUUUUUUUAAAGUACUUCUGCUUCUUUUGGUGCAGCAGCUGUUUUUGAUCUGUGGUGGUAUGUUCUUGUCAGCAGUUCAGGCAUGUGAGAAGCUCAGCUGCCCCACCUGACUUCUUUUUAAGUGAUGGGGUUUGUACCCGUGUCUGUCUGUGGAGUUGGUACAGUAAAGCUUCAUCCUUGCCCCUGGAAAAGAGUAUGUUGGGAUGGAGCUGCUGCCUCGCCCCAGUGUUCUCGGUGCUGAAGACUGACAAAGAGUUGGCUCUUCCAGUUGUCUGCAGAACUUGUCCAGCUAUUUCAACAGUCCCAGCUGCUGCUUCUCCUGCUGAUCAGCCAGUGCUUCACUUCCAGCUAAUGUUUCUGACACUUCAACGAGGAUGUUGGUGUUUGGUUUGUCAGUGAUGAUCAAGCUUUUCUUCCAGUUGGAUGCAUCUAUUUGUCCUGAGAAGUGCAACUGCUCUUCAGAAAAUGCAAUUCAUUGUUCUGGUCCCCACAUAAAACACCUGGAAUCCUUAAAUCUGCCUUGCAACAUGACAGAAAUUCACAUAACAGACACUAAUGUAACAUAUUUGCAGGAUGUUUUUUCUAGGAUGUUGGAACUGCAGCAUCUCAUCUUGUCUUCAAACAACAUCUCUCUGAUUUCACCAAUGGCUUUUAAAGGCUUGAGAAGGCUAAGAGCCCUCAAACUUCUAGAUAAUAAACUGGUUGAACUUCCCCCAGAAGUGUUUGACGACAUGGUACAGCUUAAGCAAUUGAUCAUUGAAAAUAACAGGUUGAAAUCCAUAGAAGAAAAUCUGUUUGACAAACUAGCUAGUUUGGAGGAGCUUUUCUUGAACAAAAACCAACUAACAGCACUUCCUAGCGGUGUGCUGAAGAAACUUGCCAAACUCAAAGUACUGAACUUGUCGAGAAAUUAUUUGGCAGCACUGCCUAGAAAUGUAUUUAGUGCAUUAAGCAGGCUUGAGAAGCUGAUGCUGUAUUUUAACAGGCUGUCUUCAAUAGAGUCUGGUAUGUUUGAUAGCCUGAAAGAGCUGCUGGAACUCUUCCUGCAUUCCAAUAACAUCCAGUCCAUUGCCCCUGAUGCAUUUCAUUGCCUUCAUAAACUGAGAAGCCUAACGCUCUCCAGAAACAAGCUUGAGGUUUUGCCUCCUGGGCUCUUUCUGCACUUGCCUGACCUGUCUAAAUUGACCUUGUACAGGAACCCACUGAAGUCUCUUCCAGAAGUAUUGUUUGGAGAAAUGAGGCACCUUGGUAGCCUGUGGCUGUACCACACAAAGCUCUCAACAGUACCAGAUUUCGUGUUCAGUAACUUGACAAAUUUAGAGCUUCUUGUGCUGAGUUUUAAUCCAGAGCUUAGUGUUCUUCCUAAGAAUGUAUUCAGUGGUCUGAAUGAACUGCGGGGCCUUUCUCUGCAUACAAAUAACAUUUCCAGUUUGCCAGAGGGCAUCUUCCUGAGCCUUCAGAAACUGCAGAACAUUUCCCUUUUUGAUAAGACGCUUGAGGUUCUUCCUAGAAACCUCUUUCACAAUCUCAAGCACCUUCAGAAAGUUUACCUGAAUAGUACUAAGCUGCAGACUCUUCCUGGAGACUUCUUUACUUUUUUACCGGAGCUGCAAGAAGUCUUCCUUGACAACAACCCUUGGAAAUGUGAUUGCCAAAUCCUUGGCUUCCGAGAGUGGCUCCAAAAGAGCAUGGAGAUAGUUAGAAAUGUGCCAUCCCUCAUGUGUCACAGCCCACUGGCACUACAGAAUAUUUCUCUUGUGGCUCUAACAGUUGAUCACCUGAAGUGCCUGCCAACCACAGCCAUUACAUACCAGACGUUCAGCUCAGCUUAUUCCCAAACUUCAACUUCUCUUGUGAUGGUACACAUAACAUCAUCCUGGGAGACUACUGAAACAGCAGUGCCUGACACGGACACCAGCACGCCAACAUCAACUCCUCUUGCAACUCCAGGUUUUACCUACUCAGGUGUUGAACGUGUUGGACAGCCUACGUUUCCUUUCUCAGAUGUUCCAACCCAGACUUCUCUCAGCAUCGUAGUACAAACCAACAGUGUCGGUGGAACAGACUUAACUACUGCUGUGUGGUGGGAUGAGUUGCCAGCCCUCAGGAGUGCUAAACCCUAUUUUAAUAACAGAGUUGCUUAUUGUCAGCUAUUCUUGUGCCUUCAUAGUUUGAUUUUAGCAGUCCAGUCUGUAACCAUUGUGCUCAGUCUGUAUGUGAUGGGUAAAACCAGGCAACUCUUGCACUCCAGAAAUACUUACGCUCAGCCUGUAGUUCUAAUAAAAUUUUUAAGAAGAUAGAUAAUAUCAAAUAUCAGCCAAAGAGAGGAUUAGAAGCAUUGUUUUGGGUGCGUUUCAGGCAUUUAGGCAGCUGACACUUGAUUCAGGUAUGGAUUACAAAUCUUCAUAGCAAGAACCAUAAAGACCUUGUCUUUACAGCGUAACAAAAACGUGCUUUUACAUACUUUACAGUGUUUGCCAAAAGUGGUUUUAAUCACUGUAUAUUGCUACAGCACUUGAUGCAUGAUCCCAGAGGGAGAGCUUGAAGGAAGAUCUGUGGUCACCUCUACGUGUGUGCUACUAGGUUCCUGCCUUGGACUGCAGCCCUGCCCCUGCCAGACACCACUGCUUACCAUCACGUCACGCUGCUCCGAUGGCAGUGGCAUCAACGUAGGGAAGUCUGCAUAGCACAGGAACAUGGCUUUAAAGGUUGCUCAUAGCACUCCAGAUGCUAUUGUGCCUUAUACUGCCUGCAAUGUUUUGUCUCCUUAUUGAGAAAACAAAUGGUAUUUUGGGGAGGAGAUGCUGGAAAAGGGGUGGGGGCAGAAUGGUAUGGUGCAAGUGUCUUAGUUUUUGCUUUCUGUCCACAGUCUCUUUCCAGGACAUGGCGGGAGGAAGAGGUACCAUUUAAAGCUAACAGUGCUUUCCUCUAACUUAACCAGAGGAAGAUAAGUAAGAUGCUGGGCUUGGAAGUAUAAUCGUGAUGUAUUAUGUUGUUCGUUUGGGGUUUUUUUUGAAACCUUGUAACAUUACUACAACUUUGAAUUUUAAGUAAACACUUUCAUCCUUAAACUUUGACCAGUGGUCUGAAAAUCAAGGUGUUACUCACUGCACGAUGCAGUGAGUUGUGAAACCAGAGCACCAGGCAGGUGCCCAGGACUGAGACUUGGUUCCACAGGAGCGUAGCUGGUUUGAGAGCUGGCCUCAACUGAGCUGGGAGAGAAAAGGGAUGGUCCCUCCUGGGCUUGGCUGGCAAAACAUAGGCGUGCAGCAAAGUGGGAGGGAGCUUGCCUGAACUGAGGGCCCUGAAGUGUCACCAUGUGUUUUGAAGUUGGCUGGGGCACAUACACAUUUCCAUCAAAUUGCAGUGUGCAGUAGCAUAGUCAGUCUGUACUUUUUACCUUUUCUUAUUACACAGUGUUACGCCCUGACUUCCAGCCCUUUCAAGUGUUGAUAUACAAAGGCAACUUCAAAGCAAUAGUAUGGGUUUUGGUCUUCAUACUGAAAUGUUUAUUAAUAUUUUGAACGAUAUGAAUAGUUUGUAAGCAGACUGGUAGUUGUCAGACUGCAUGUGCUUUGGUAGCUCUUGGAUUUCACUCUUAACUUUUAUCUUAAUUAUGUGACUUAGCUUGUUCUCAGAAGCUCUAAUGUUGUAUUCAAAAGCCUCUGGAUGUGGUUCCCUGGCUCCUUGGGCAGGAGACACCAUAGGAGUCCUUUUGUACCCUUACUGACUUUCUAACUGCUGAGGUCUUUCCUGGAUGGCCUUGAAAUGGCACAUUACAAGCCUGAGGUG